AAUAAAAAGGGACGGUCUGCGCUCAGGUACCUCAGUUACAGACCUGGUGGGACACGGUGCUUCAUCUACAGUGACGGAGAACUAAAUACAACAUGGACAGACGUCUUAUAUAAAGACAAAAGCUGCCUGAACAAUCUGAAACAAGGAUGGAAUCACAGUCUUCACCGAUAAUGGAGGGACUCAAUGGUGAAGAUUCAACAAGUGGACUUUGCUGUGAGGAAGCAGAGGUCCCUCCAUCAGCACCAUGUUCUGCCUGCAAUGAUGACCGUCAACAGACUGACACAGGUGAUAAAGCCUCUUGCCCUCAUGUGGAGACCACAGUGUACAAUAUCAGCGGUGAUUUAGUGUCUCAGCAUUUGGACACUCCUACUGAUGAAGAGGAGGAAUACGUCGUGAUCACUAUCGUGAAAGAGGCAACGGACACAAGCAGCUCAGCGCUCAUCAAUGUGGGACCAGAGGGACACAACUCCUUCCAGACCCCUGAAGAAAUGCAGGAUGAGAUCAUGGACGCGUGUGUUGAGUUAACUGCACACACAAAGACACAUCUGGAGAGCCUAUUGCAAGAUCUGGGGUUGGAGCAGCGCUACAAAGAAAAACUAUCACUCAGCAACAUACUUGAGAUCGAUGAGAAGACUAUUACUGGUGAACCUGCCAAGAGUAAAUCAGACCUUCCAUGGCAUUUUCUCAAACAACUUAUGAUGGUUAAUGUGACAGCUAGGAAUGUAAAAUGUACAUCUGUACAAGACUCAAAUUGUAAUGCUGCAUCAGGGAGUAAGAAGCUAAAUCUGAAAAAUCUGGUCAUCAGCCCAAAUUCAGCUGACAUGGUAAACCCGCUCGACAUAAUCACUGCUCUCUUUCUGUGUUCUGAUGGUUUUGUGCAGCAGGAAAUGGCACUAAAAAUGUCUAUGUGUCAGUUCUCUGUGCCUCUGCUGCUUCCCAACUGUGACACAAAACAGUGCAUGCUCAUGCUGUGGGCCAUGAGAGACAUUGUUAAAAAGUACAGACCUCAGUCACUUUCAGAAUCUAAGGGCUUCACUGAAGAAAGGAUCGUUCUCUCUGAAAUUCCAAUGAUCUCUUUUGUGAGAUUAGGUGAGUGCUCCUUAUCCAAAUCAGAAAUCCUCAAUAAGAUUCUGAGCAAUUCUCAGCAGUACCAUGAUACCUUUGUUCACCAUGACAUGGAGUGUGGUGACAGUCCAAGAAGAAUCUCUAAUGGAUUGACUGAAAUUACUUGGUACCUUCCCUGUGGAAGCAAAACCUUGGAUGUUUUCAGUCAACCAGUUGCUGUAGCUAACCUUCGUGGUGACAUUGCUUCAUUUGAAACACAAUUCUCCUUUUUGUGUCAGACAUCAGCAGCGGUUUUCGUGUUCUUUGACAACUUGGACUCUGAGUGCAGUCUACUUACCAACAAGAACCACAAGGCACAGAUCUUCUUGGUGGGGAACCAUCAGAGUAAGAGUUUCAGUUUAGAUGCUUUAGGAAAAGUAGCAACCAGGUUGGGCUUGACUAACAACAACAUUAUUUUGAAGACGAAGAACACGAAUGAUGCAGACUUUGUCAGGAGCUUGAGGAAAUCAGUCAGCGAUGUAGUUGAGAAUUCAAAGAUGAAGAUGCCAAUAGUGCAGAUGGCUGACAUUGCCCAUGAGCUGGGAAUCUUGGUUGAUGAAGACUCUCCAGAGUGCCAGGCUGGAAAACAAAAAGCAGAUGCCAUCACUGACAAAAUUCAAGAUAUCCUUAGAUACAAAGAAGACCAGCUUCCCUUGCAAGGCCAAAUAUGGAAGGACUUAACAAGCUUAGAGAAGGAAGAAUUCCGGCUUCGGAAAGCUGGGUCUGAAAACAUAGAAAUCUACAAAAGUGAUCUUCAGGUACAGAAAGGAGAACUGCGAAAACGACAGAACUCCUAUGAAAUGUCACCAGCUAUGACAUGCUUCAUCGCCGCAGUAUCAAGCCCAGGGAUAGAAAGGUGUUAUUUCCUGAAAUGGAUGAGAAUGAACCUCGAUAACGUGUCUCGUCUGAAACUGUCUGGACUCAGGGAGCAGUAUAAAGAAAAAUGCAAGAAUUCUGACAACAAAGCAGAGAUCAAAGAAAUUGACAGACAACUUUCCAACAGCUCACUGGGAACUGAACACUUCCUCCGUGAAAUGGGUCAGAUCUAUGAAGCUUCAGUUUCCCUUCCUGAGACAGACCCCAGACGUCAACAAUUACAGCACCUGCCCAAACUCUGUGCAAAACUGUUGCUAGAUGGAUUUCCUCUUGAACUUGUGGAUGGAGGGAUGACAAGCCUGUGGAAUGCAGUAAAGCACGAGAACUUCAUCUUCAGCUUCAGAAACAGCCUCGUAGCUGACGCAUACAUGAGGCUUUGCACAGAGUUCAACAAAUGGGAGUGGGAAUUCAGAAAGGACAUGUACACCUGGGUCACAAAUGCAGAAACAGAAAUUUCCAAUUUUGGUACAGUUGGUGCCAAAUCUCAGACAUCUGACAUGGACACAUUUCUCACUCAACUGAAAAGUGAAGCAACCACAGAGCUGUCUAAAUGGGAGACAAAGCUUCUCAACAAUCUAACACAGUACUUCAAGCAAACAGAGGGUCAUGUCUAUCUAGUUGAAGGAUACAAAGAGGAGUUCUCAAACAGUGCAAAGAGCCUUCGACAAGAAAUGAAAAGCUCUGUCGUUAAUCAGCUCACAGCAGCAGCAGACAUCAGACGGGGAAUGAGAGAACUUGACAGAAUCAAGGAGAACCACACAAACGAAAUAGAAAAAGCAGUGUGUGCAUUAAUUGAUGAAUGUCGAAAGAGAAAAGUCCAGAUGGGAGAGACAGAACUGGACAAAGAAUUUGAUAAGAUGUGGAAUGAAACUCUCAAAAAACUUCCAUUUUCUGAACAACAGACCACAGAUGUCUUCACCAGGGUAGAUCACUGCCUGAGAGCAAAUCUGUCACACAAGGGGAGUGGUGCAUGUGAAUUGCUAAGUCAAAAAAGACUGCAAGAUUGUGGACAAGAGCCUUUCACAUGUACAAAUGAGUGUCAGAAAAAAUUUAAACACGAAGAGAAGAAGUUGUGGUACGGCAAAGAUCAUGUACAAGAAAUGGCUGACAGCAUCAUAGCUGCUUGCACACAGUUUGUAACUGAAAAGAUCCAGAGAAAAAACAACUACCAUGAUACUUACAUCCAGGAGCUCCUACUCAUCAUCGAUGAGAGUUUGGAAAACAAUCAGAAUGUGAAGACAGACAUCGAGUUUGAGGUUUCUCUGAAACAGCACAUCUGUGGAUUUGCAGCCAAGCGCUUUGAAGAAAUGCACAAGAAUUUCAUUCAAGAAAAUGAUCCCCACAGAUGUUUGAUGAAAAACAAGGAAAGGUUUCGUUCUGAUUUCAAAGAUGUGUUCCAUAAGCGAGACCAGGGCCAGAAGAAGGCAGAAGAAUUCACGGACCAAUGCCUGAAGCCUGCUGUUGAAGAGUUUGUCAAUCGCUCCUUAGGUCCAAACAUCGUUGACGAAAUGCUCAAACAUGAGGAGUUCAGCACACGAAUGUCCUUCCAGUGUUCACUUUUGAAGGACUUGCUUUCAAAGAAAAAACUUGAAGACUAUUUAAACUUCAGUUCCUCUUACGAGCACUACGUCAAGAACAGAAUCCUUCAGCAAAUAGAGGAACGUUUCCCAAGCUCCUCAGCAACAUUUAAGUAUGAGGAUCAACAUCUUAAGUCAAGUAUCAGCAACAUAAAUGAUGCCAUCGCAAAGGCCAAAACAGGGAACUGUGUCAACUUGAAGGCCUUUGUUGAAGAUAUCUGCAAAGAACUUGGCAACAAAAAACUUGUCAUUUCCCAAACUGCUCUUGAUACUGUCAUGACCCUGAACAAUGCUGACAAGGAUUCGUUUGCUCGCUGGCUCACGGUGUCUGUGAAUGACAUGGCAGAAACUCUCAGAGAGAAGUUUAAAAAAAUGACCAUUGCAGAGAAACUAAAUCAUCUCCAUAUGAAGCCCCAGAAUGAGCUCUUCACCAGAGUGAUUGGAUGUGGCAAACAGUGUCCAUUCUGUGCAGUGCCUUGCGAUGCAGGAGGAAAAGCCCAUACUGAGCACUUUGCUUCACUGCAUUGGCCAGAGGGUCUGGGUAAAUGCAGGUGGGACUCAACGAAAAAACUUGUCACUGACAUAUGCUCUUCCUUAGUGAUCAGUGACGUAAAGUUUUGCUGCGAUGCUACAAACAAUGAACCGUACCCUUACAAACGUUACAAGGAAAUUUUUCCUGACUGGGAUAUUCGUCCAGAUGUGAGCCUCGAGGCAUCAAACUACUGGAAAUAUGUAAUGGCAACAUACAACACUGACUUUGCCAAAGCAUAUGGUGUAGAACCUGCUGAUAUUCCUGCCACAUGGAAAACCAUCACAUACAAGCAGGCAGAAGACAGCCUCAACGAAUCAUUUGGCACCAAGUAAUAGUCCUCCUCAGUAAAGUAGGGGCCCUUUAAU